AUGAGCACAGGCAAAGUCCUGAAGGAGAGGAAGAAGAAGAAGAAGAAGAAGAAGAAGAAGAAGAAGGAGGAGGAGGAGGAGGAGGAGGAGGAGGAGGAGGAGGGGGGGAUAGGAGGAGGUUUUAGACUGAACGAGCUUGAAAAGGCCCAUUGAUACUCCUGGUUCGUUUUAAUGAUCCUCGGCUUACCUAACUCAAUUUUUUGUCUCCAAUCUAAACACUUGUGUUUCCAAUCUGUAGGGUAAAAAAAUCAUUUGGAUGGAGGAUAGUUCAAGCGAGUGCCACUUAAACUUAACUGCCACCACUGAGGGCCGGAGAUUCGGGAUGGCCAACAUAGCUUUUCAUUAUGGGUUCAUCCUGUUCAACUGACUUCGGCACAAGUAUCUAUUAAACUUUUUGAUGUUCGUCUUUAACCAACCUUUCCCUGGGUGUAAAAGAGGGAAAUGCCGUGUUACCAGCAGUCUAGCAUUAACAAUCUCGGCAGGGAAGGUGAUAACAAGUAAAGGUCUGGACCAAUGGCAUAGUUAACUGGACCUUCGGUACCCGGCAGAGCCUGUCGACAGUUGUAAUGACAACCAGUAAAGACUUACUGGUGCUGAUAGAGCCCAACACGCGGUGGAUACGUCCCUAAAACGGGCCAUACGAUAGAUGCGCUAAGCCGAGAGGUGGACUAGACCGGAGUCCGACAGGCGAUACUGGGAAUGAAUAACCAUAGGAAAUGCCCAUUUGCAAGCCCAGUAGGGAUUCGAGUCGAAUCCCUUUUUAAAUUGGUGUAUAAAAUGCUGGUCAGUGUACGUUGUGAACCAGAAGGUGUACUGGUAUACCUUGAUGCGGAUUCUCGCCGUGACAGCCACCUGUCUCUUCUCCCGCCUCCGGUCUUCUUGACCAUGUCUAGACACCGCAUUGAGGUGGAGAAGGAGAGAGUGGGUAGAUGUAGCACAAAACCACUAUUACCAUAAACUAAUUCACGCCCAAGUCACUGUCCCUGCUCUUCCCCUGCUGUGGGGCGCACAAUAGAUGUCAUCGUGUGUGGUUCCAUUUCCUGCAUCAGACAUGUAAUAGCUCGGACAGUGGUCUAGUGCCUGAGAGUGGGAAGAGAAUGAGGUUGAGGUCUCAGCACAUUUUCCUCACUAUAAACUAUCUGAAGCGCUGAAAGCCAUUAUGGUGUCCUAAAAGCCUUGGUUCGGAAAGUUUCAACCGACAGGAUAACUCGGAUCUCUCAGUCGGUCAAGGGUGUGCUUGUGUGGAGUUACGGAAUGCCGGACUGUUCUUCAGGCUGCAAUGGUUCCUUCUUAAUGUAACCUUUAUGGCACUCCUACUCAAUUGAAUCAGAAUUAUCUUUUUCAUUCUAGGUGUAGAAUCCUGGUCAGUGUGGUGAUGCUGUAGUGGACAGCCAUCAUGACCGGUCCGGCGUCAUUGUUCGAGACCUCGCUGUCUCAAGGUCAUCCACCCUUUUUAGUGAGUCGCUCCAGACGCGCUGACCUGAAGUCCUACGACCGACAGCUUGGGUAUACCAGCGUCCGCACAGCCGCAGCUGCCCAUGAGGCCACUUGAAAGCGCCUCCCCCCUGCAACCACAACCUAGGCAACUGGGACACCAUCCCUCGGCAAAUGCAACAUACACUGACUGGCCACAACUUGAGCUUGGCCCACGUGCCUCCAAAAGCGGCCGUCACCACUAUCUCAGGGACUCUCAGGCAUGACUGGACGCAGUCAACGCCAGCGCUGGCUUCGCCAGUGGCCACUGCCGCCUGAGAGGACAAAUCCGGGUUCUGUGCACAAUAAACGCCUCAUUCUGGCGCCUUCCGUGUUCUCCUUCCAACAUGGGGUUUGACUUAAUAAUUGUAGCUCACAGACACACACACAUCCUCACGGCUGUGCCAUCACACUGCCAAUAAUUGCGGGUUUUCGCGAGGCCAGUCAAUUGUGUCCUCUCCAACCUCCAUUCUUCUUGACUUGUUCAUGCCACCGGAUCCGGGUGAAGGAGGUGGGGGGAGUGCGGUAGGCGCAGCGCAAGUCCAAUAUCACCCUAAACUAGCUCACGAGCAAGUCGCCGCCGCUAUUCUAACCCUGUUUUGGAGCAACCAGUGGACAUCGUAAGUCACGACGUUCGUGUGUGUGUCAGCUGGGUGGCCUUGACCUCAAAGUCGUCAUUCUGGCAGUGGGGCCGUAUCGCGCGUUAAGUGCACGGCUGGUAAAAAUGCUGGCUGACGGAAUUUCAUUCGGAGGUCAAGUCCUUAACUGGCUUCCGAUUUAAUUUGAUGCCGAUCCACGCCAUUAUCUUCGCCCCAACGAAAGCAAACUUACGAGAAGGGGAACCAGUGCGUCACCCCCCCCCCGCACUUUUUGUACUAGCGCACUCGUUGAUCAAGCCUUCUUUAUUUCUAGCCUGCAUCAUUGUAGGAACAAUUUUUGGAUCAGAUGUAGUUAAUAAACCGCCAGGUCCACGUAAUUGAUUGGUGUUUUGGCAGAUUUUGAAUAAUUCACUUCAUACGGCUUUUGUAUGUGGAAUGUUGUGCUGGGGAUAAGGGGACCGAGCGAAAGGGAAAACAUUUCCUGGCAAAAUAUAAACAGACUUGUGACAACCCACCCCUGUCAUCGUCCACCACGCCCGUCAGUCAAUGCUCGAGCGCGUGACAGUCUUCUGCUCGCGGACACCGUGGCGUCAGUUGACAUUUCUCUCUUCGCCAAUCGGCCGCAGCCGGACGGUACUCAAGCGUAAUCACCUCGACUGUCACUUGACUGGUGAGUCAGCUUGACCCAACUGUUUUCUGAGCCGUGCGUACGCUCUUUCGCCUCAGUAAAGCUUGUCCAUCUGACUGUCUAACUUGCCUUGUGAUUGGGAACCCUCGAGUUGUCGCAUGGCUACUCAAAUUCCAACAGUAGGCACGUUUCAAUGUAUUAAAGGCGGUGCACUUCUACCGACGCGUCUGAAUGACUGCCCCUAGACUGCACGUUCGGAUCACCUCGGGAUCCCCGCUGCCGCGAAACGACGUCUCGAGUCCGGCCUGACUACCUGCCCAUCAAGCCGUCUCCAGUCGAGAGCCCAAGCCCUUAUGCAGGAGGAAAGAUCAGACAGAGAUACCAUAGGAGAAUUUUGUGUGUCGAAACACCCCUGAGGGUUGACCUAAACAAGUGUCGUGCAAAUGAGUCUACCCUUACAGCUAACGCCAACCACUUACCCAGCGACUACGAUACGCACUAACUUCUAGGGUGUACGUGCAUAACUUGGGUUAUUUUUGGGGCCCGGGAGUGACGUCAUGUCGAACGAUGCCACAAGUACCUCCACUCGAGCUUGCGGCAAUCCGCUAUCGUGAUUACAAACGCAGCCGCUCAUCCAUGCGGCCUUCGAUCUGCCUGAGUUCAUCUUGACAGUUUGGUGCUUGAAGCACUCGUUACUUGGCGCUGACGUUGCGAGGACUCAAUGCCAAUCGACGCCGCACCCUUCGCCGAUUGUUCGCGGGUGGACAAGGCCCAGGCGAGAGCACGCCCUUCACAGUGGACUGGACAAACGGUUGGACUCGGCUGGAAAGGGCACGUGCUGACUGCCUGCUGAGCCACGUGUACGUUCUCACACCUCAAUAAACCCUGUCCAAUAACUCGGUAUUGAUCUGGCUUUUGAUUUCGGAAACCUUGCGUUGUCGACCCACUUCACCUCGACAAGAGCUUACUUUUCGGAAAAGGGCUGACAGAUCAACUUGAAGUCGUUUCCAAUUAAGUCAGCUUCUUGCGAAAGUCACUUGGGCAGGUUGCAAAACACGCUGUCCCUCACGGCAGACUGUCGAUUGUCAUCGGUCAUUAGGAUCAGCUUCUUGACUCAAACUUAGCUCAGAAGCUUUUUUGAUUAGUUAGUAACUGGUUUUGCCUACGAGUGGUGUGCUUGUCGAGGUGCGAGGUUUCCCAAAUUAUGAAUCGGGGAGGAGGGAAUUUUCCAAUAAACUUUAUUAAGGCUAAAGCAGGCUCAGCACGCAGAGGCAGCAAGUGUUAUCACCAGGCGUUUAAGUUGUCAGCCCCAGUGCAAAGUGUGUGCCUGCGCCUGAGCACUGCCCGGGUUUGGCCAAUCGAUUAACAGAAAAUAUAUCGAUUGGCUUUACGGCGUCGGUGAGCCGAAGGCUGAGUCACACGCUAACAAGCAAUGACUGUCAGACGUGCUACGCGAACCGAAGACGGCAUGAGUAAGCGGCGUUGCUGAUGCUUGCUAGAAUCGAGCGCCACAUUUUUAUAGGACUGUCGGUCGUUGGGGCAAACUUGAGUCUUCUCACCCUACUCCAACCGCUUCCUUGCAACUGAUGUCUUUCCAGCGCAGGCGUUCGACCUGUCACCGCUUUCUUCUUCUUCUUCUUCUUCUUCUUCUUCUUCUUCUUCUUUCUCUUCUUCUUCUACUGCCUCUUCUCGACACUAGAACGCAAACUCCCAGCUUUUUUAUCUGGUUAACACGUCCUCAGUAAUAUUAUCCCACUAUUAUCCGGAUGCAUCUCGCAGAACUAUAUAGAUGGUGUAAAAAAAUCAAGCGUGACAGAUUUUACUGAGGGAGAAGUCUAAGUCGAGGACUUUUUUCACUGACAGGGACAGAGACACCAAAAUGCCCAAUCCCGACUUAGUUACCGCUGUCAGCCAGCAAAAACCCUGAUAGUUUAACCAUCGUGUGCGGUGACAUCCAUCGCGCGGCACACGGAGUGCGCGCAGCAGCGCUGACUUGAGGGCUGUUGUGAGACAAACUUGCACAGAAUCCACCACCCUCUCUCACUCCUCACCUACCUGGCGCGGAGGUAGGCGGGGGCUCUGUGGCUGACAAGGUCAGACAGGCCGUUUAAGCGUCCCACAAACGAAACAGCCCCCACCGGGUGUAAGAGCGAUUCGGACGUCACAUCAGUGAGGAGGCCAUAAAGGCCACAUUAAGAAGAGAUCAGUUAUCCUGUCACCCCAAAAAUAUUCCCAUGAGGAACUGGCUGACGCGUCAAUUGACAGCCUUGCAAGUCACGACUCUCAGCGUGCCGUGAUAGACUCAUGAGCGUCAGAUUUAUAAUAGUGAGAAAUGCGCUGAUUUACCGUGAUGAUGAGUUCCCCAGUAUCGGCCUCACUAACCAUGGUUUCACUUCGAAGGUUCAGAUUGGAGUUAGCUUACUAUCGAGCGACGCCCUCGCUACUCCGCUGUGGGAUCUCUGUACGUUGGGGGCUAUUCAGACACAGAGGAGUAUUUUUGUGGACUGCAGGGUCUAAACUCCAAGGUCAAGCGGAGAUACCCAUUCCCGCUCUGCAAUUGUGGUAGAACGGUGCACUUCAAUACUGUUGUGCGGCUGAAUACAUCGGAGUUCAGCCGUCCCCCUCCCCCCCCCCCUGUCUACCUGUGGAGCUGUAAGCCCCGACGCAGUGUCCCAGUGCCAGCAAGAAGGGUUGGAAGAUGCUACAGAAUAGUGCUCACGUGUUCUAGGCGUCUCUCGUUUAAUAGGCAACGGUGAACACUGCUAAGCUGUCACGGGACCUCCCAGAAUCACAUGUACCCCAUACGCAGGAAUUAGGGGUUGUCAUGCUAGGCGUCCUUCGCGGAAAAUGUAAAUAACUGUCGGCCUACCCAUGACCCAUAUUCGUUGUCAUGCUACUUGGCUAGUCUAUCGUGGAAGCUUGUAGCUGCCCGCUCUCAUGGCCGUCAGCACCGCCGCUUAUCCAUCUCUCCUCCGAUCCGCAAUAACACACGUGACAAGCACAGCGUGCGCGCGUGACUAGACCUCUGGUUUCCGCCGCCGUGACGUCGAUCGAUAUUCCUCUCUUCACCGACUGGCGUAUACACUUCAACUGAGACUAGCCUGCUGAGGACGCUAACUACAACGGGCUGUGGUGCUGCGAGUACACUCGGCCCCAAUAGGAGGUCGUCCGUCUACCCAUCUUCUUGUCUUGUUUAAUUUCCGAGGAACUUAAUGCGAGAACUUGAAGAAAAUCCUUCGGAACAGACCGUGCCUGAAAAGGUUUGUUCCGAAGGAUUUUCUUCAAGUUCGUGCAUAAAUUUCCUCGAAAAUUAAACAAGGCCUGGUGAAACUGGAGUUCAUAUACCAGAAAACACACGGGGAAGACUGGGGAACCCACUGAUGAGCCGUUGCGUCAGACAGCGGCACAAGAUCGGCGAAACACGCGUGUCUGGGCUUUUAGCAUUUACCUGUGUUGCCAGUACGGUAAAUAAUUACACAAUUCUAACGAUCUUCUCUGGCUUUUGAUUUGGAAACUGUCGAGUUGUCGAUUGUCGUGCACGCACAAACAAUGACCUCCGACGAACGGCAAUCUUCGCCCAUCCAGAUUUUCAAUGUAGCCCGAUGAUGGCGAUGUACAACCUUCCACCAAAAGGUAGCUUAUCUUCGCAUCGUCUUCUCGCCACCUUUCGACUGCCUUACUCACCCAGCUUGUCGGGCAGCUGAUGGGCAUGCGUGAUUUCGUCAAGCCUUCUUUUCCCGCGAUUUCAAUUCUAACAGCUUCACCUGCGUCCAUUCUCUCGAACUUGAAGCCACAGAUGAUGAAUCUCACAUUAGAUGUAGCCCCUCUUUGGCAGCAGGCAGCCUCCCUUUCACCAGGCGAGCUAACCGACGUUAUUCACCCGGCAAUUCCAACACACUUUUUCGUUUCGAUCUAGCACAGAUACCACUUGUUGGUAUCGUACCACAGUUGGUGACAAAGCUCGUCACUGCAACUCUCCCUGCCCCCUCACUUAAAAACAGACCAAACGGACGGUGCGAAGAUCAGUUUGCUCGAUCUCCUGGCGCAUCCCGGUCUUACCACACAUUCUACGCCUGGGGCAGUCUGGCUCGCAGACGUUUUUUCGUGGAUACUGGAGCCCAGAUCGGCGUGAUCCCUCUCACUCCAAUCGACCGCCGCUGUCCCAAUCCAGGUCUUUAUCUCCAAACUACCAAACUGUUCCUCCAUUUCCACGUUCACCAGUCUGUUCCUCAGUUUAAACAUCGGCCUUCGUCGUUCAUUCUCCGGGAUCCUUGGGAUCCCCGAUGUCCCUCAUAGAGUCGCCGGCUCGGAAUUUCUAGUCGAAUUUGAGCUCUUAAUGGGAUGCCGGCGUGCCCGACCGCACUACUGGUCUAUCUGUUCGCGGGUUGGCUCCCUUUAAAGCCUCCUUCCACUUAUCUGUCCUGUAUAUAGAUAUAGCUUUCCCUUAUCGGGAGCUCCUCCCCUAAUAUCUGAAUAUCACCGACACCAGUUCCUCAAUUCCAAGUUCCAACAAGAUAUUGCGCACCAUAUCAACACCUCAGGCCCUCCUGUGUUUGCUUGGCCUAGAUGACUGGCGCCGACCUGCCUACAGGUCGCGAAGGCGGAGUUUGAACACACUUUGCAAUCGGGCAUCAUUCGACCGCCCGGUAGUUCCUGGGUGUCCCAUCAGCACAUGACGCCCAGGGCAACAUCAGGCAAUUGACGAUCCUGUGGCGACUACCAUGCCUUUAACAAUGCUACCAUUCCCGACCGGAACCAAGUAUCUCAUCUUCAGAAUUGUUCUGGAACCAUUUUAUGCGAAUGGUUUUUUUUCGAAUAUCGGUCUACACUGCGCCUUCUGCCAGAUACCUGCCACCUCUAAACUGCUGCUAUUACUCAAUUUGGCGUCUCCAAAUACAUCCGCAUGUCCUUCGGCCUUUCUAGUGCUGCCCAGACGCUCCAGAGGUCCAUCAACCGUGUCUUACGUGACUUGUCGUUUAUGUACGCUUAUAUCGAUGAUCUCUUGGUGGCUACUUGAAAUGCUGAAGAGCACAUGAAGUAUCUCGUCCGAAUGUUUGAUCGGCUCGACAGAGAACGGCGUCAUCACCAACCCUUCCAAGUGCGUUUUUAAUGUAUCGCUUCCUGAAUUCCUUGGUCAUCACGUCGAUUCUGAAAGUUUGCCUCCUCUAUACGCUAGGGCUGAAGCCACUCGCGAUUUUCCUCUAAAAACCUCUAAGCAUUGGCUGAAACGUUUUCUUAGCAUGGUCAACCUUUGUUACGGAUUCCCACCAAGCUGUCCCGACCUCAUGCUGUCGUUCACAAACAUGCUUUCUGGUCCCAAGGAUUGACUCCAGUUUAAUGAAGGUUCUGUCCCUGAUGGUAGGCGCCUCGACCGUAGCUGCAGGCGUCGUCCUUCGACAACAUCUUGCUGGUUCGACCCAGUCACUGACUUACUUCCCUAAAAAAAUUCUCACAGACUGAGAUACGCUACAGUGCCUUUGGCCGUAAACUACUGGCCUCCGCUCGAUUGUGAAACAUUUCUGACACUUCUUUGAAAGUAGUGACUUCACUAUUUUUACGGGCCAUAAACCGCUGAAGUUUGUCCUUUGAUCCUACUCUGACAAAUAUAGUCCGAGAGAGAUUGAUCACUUAGACUACAUCUCACAAUUCACUACCGACAUCCCCCGCAUUGAUGAUACGAAGAAUGAGGUGGCUGACGUGCUGUCCGGACCUUCCCUCUCCGCACUCCAGUUCCCAUAUGGGAUCGAUGGGUCGAUUGGUCUGGCGACGAGUUCUUUAGUGGUCUCCAGAUGGUAGACGUUCCCCUAGCCACCGGUAUUGGCAAAAUCCUUUGUGACUUCUCGACUGCUUCUCAAAGCCCCGUCUCGAUGCGUCGAGCUGUUUUUUAAUCUCUCCAACCCCGGAAUCCGAGAUUCACAGAAUCUCCUCGUGGGAGGAUCCGCCUGAUCUGGCAUGAACAAGGCUGACAAAGCUUCGGCACGGUUGUGCCUGAAUUGUCAACGGUGUUACAACAAGUCUCCGCGAGACACCUUCCUCAGCCUCGACGCCCGGUUUACCCAUGUUCGUUUGGAUGUCGUAGGCCCCUCGCGUCUACCUAAUGCUUACACUCACCUCCUCCCCUGCGUCGAUCGGUAUACACGCUGGGCUGAAGCCAUUUCUCUGCCGAAUUCAGAGGGAGGAUACCAUCACCAAAGCAUUCGUCAGUCGUUGGAUCGCCAUUCCCGGUGCUUUAUCAACGGUCACAGCUGACAGAGGAUCCCAGUUUGAGUCCUCUCUGUCUUAUAAGCCCUCCUCACUUUUCUUGGCUGAACGUGCAUACAGACAACAGCCCACCCAGCAGCCAAUGGCAUGGUUGAGAGUUUCCGCCGCCAGCUAAAGACAGUCCUGUGUGGGGCAGAGAAUUCAGCAAACCACUCCGACAACCUGUGUCUGGCGCUUUUCGACAUUCGACCGGCACUGAAUCUGGGUGUAGACUGGAGCGCAACCGGGUUAGUGUUCGACACUAUCCCCUGACUGCCAGGUGAAACUGUCAUCCCAAAAAUCUCGUGGUGCUGACGAGAGGUCUGCCAGUUUUGUGUAUCCUCUGUGGCAGCUUAUGCGUCUGCUAUUCCCCGUCUCAUGUUGAACUACAUCGACCGGGUCUUGUGUCGAAAAACGCUUGGCCAACUGCACUCAUGUGUUCGCUCGGUGUGACUGUGUACGCAUGUCGCUGGAAUCACAAUACGAAGGACCGAUCCGGAUACUUUCACUCGCUACCAAGACCUGCCGGAACCGUCGUGACGACAAGGAGGAUGUGGUCAGUGUCGAUCUGGUCAAGGCUGCGUGGUGGAUGAGCCGCCCGACCGGCUUCAAGGACAAAACUGUUCAAAAAACCUUUCCACAAAUAGCUGCGCUGAGUCAUAGCUCUUUGAUGUCUUUCAACUGUCGCAACUACUUUACUGUACGGCUAGGCUACUUUGAGGUCUUCUACACUCAGCCGAAAAUAAGUCCGUCGUUUCGUUAGAUCUCCCAUUCAGUUUGAAGGGCAAUAUAGUCUUCUAAAGGAAUGCUCCCUCUGAAAACUUCCUCGAGGCACAUUUAUAAAGAGUGGAAUAGUACAAUUGUAUGGUCCUUUCAUUUACUUGUGCGCAUAAAAGCACAUGUUGGCCAACACUAUCGAUAAAAGGCAAUACUCAUGGUCAGUUUUACAAUGGACUCUUGUCCAAGAAAUAAAUUCUCAGUUACACGAUACUUGAGCUUCAAGAGUCUUAGUCCUCAUCCAGCGGCAAAUAGCCCAGAGGGGAUCUGGGAUGCCCCUUUUCCAAUACAUAAGAAUAAGAAGUCAACGAAUAUUGUACGCCUUACCAUCGGACAUACAGUAAAAUGCUUCAGACACUGAGACCACCUGACUGGAUGGGCAGGACAAAUAAAGCGUAUAAUUUUAUUUCCUUAGAGGGGUAAUUUCCCAUCGGUUGAUCGGAUAAGCAUUAAGGAACCCACGCACGCACUUUCCUGAUACAGCGGGCCUUUUGGCUUGCGGCAGUGACAUUUGGGACUUGUCUGUGUAAUAAAACUCUCAGGCAUAAUCUUUAUGCUCUGCAAUCCCCCUUGCGUUAGUCGAGACACUGUCGUAGUGAUUAAUUCAUUGAGUCCCAAAUACUAGGACUACGCCUAACCGUGUGUAGAGAAGCCUCUGACAGCUCUUUCAAGGUGUAACCAGUCAGAAAUGGACGAAUUUAUAUGCAUAGGCAGGCAGUGAUUACCGGCAAAGACAAGGGCGACCAGGAUGGCCAUCAUCUGGCCGACAUCAACCGGCCAGAGCUUUUGCAACCCCCGAGGAUCGAAACCGCAACCUGUCGGUUAGAAGUCUAACGCUCUUAACAAGUGGGCCACGUACUCCUUGUCGCGUCGAUUGCGAUCGGGUAUACUAACAGUGGUAGAGGAACGCUUACCGACGUGAAUAACCGGCCGGCGCUGAUCCAGCGAUCGCCUUCGGUCUGAAGCUCCACAGGUAGUUGCAUAGUAACACCUAACCCCGACCCCAACCCGAACCUUGAAAAUUUGUGCAAGGUGGCUUGUGACACCUAAAAUGACUCAAAAGGGCUACCGAGGCAUAGAUUUUCUUUUAGUAGAUCUCCGUACUUCAUCCUUCAAUUUGCUCGCGCGGGGUGUCUCCCAAGAACCUUCCUGAUUGCAGGCAUGAUAAUGGAUGACCUCGCUUUGUCUCGAAAUAUCGGCCUUGAACCCACUCCGGUCUCGAAGAACGAUGAACGGUUAAUAAGUAAGGAGAUUGGACAGGCCGUUUUAGACUUUUUAUACCAGCACCCAGCGGACCCUCAACCACAAGCCACCAAGACCCCGAUCAACUAGUCCUCGAGCCAAAUGGGUUGUACUACUUAUGCCAGUCGCCCGCGUUCUGCGUACAGCGAUAGGAAUACUCAAGGCCACAUGAAGGAGGUGUCUAAUGACUCGUCCUUGAGCACCUGCAUGCCGAAUCGUACGACAUACUUACUUUCUUCCAUUAAGUGAACACUUUCCUUCGACCGCUCAACUACUUCUGAUACUUGUAAAAUUAAGCACAGUAAAUAUAUGGUUCUAAGUGAAUCGACAAUCUAAAGGAAACAGCCUCUUUCGGGGCGCAAGAGAGGAAGCCGAUGCAGAAGGUCGGGAGUUUCUGACGCGGAAAGCAGUUAAAAAUAGAUCUCCUAGCUAGCACUUUCCCCUUGGCGUUGUUGUAACCAUGACAGAAUUCAGGUAUAAGGGCAUUUCUAAUCCACCUUAUCUGCACUUAUCAUGGUGUCAUCAAAUUGUAAACCUCAGUGACGCUUAACCGACUGUCAGACGAGCCGGAUAAACUCCGGGCUCUUAAGAUCCAUCUAGGCAACAUCCAUAGAUGCCUUAAUUCGACCGACCUCGAAGCCAUCAACAGCUGGAGUGGGGUUCGGAUGUGAUGACUUCCAGGACGGUGUCGUUUUUUUGUCGGUACAACGCAUGGCCAGACCUUUAGAGCUGGUUAGUAGGGAGAUCAUGGUCAACCGGCUUUCUUCCCCUCCAUCGAAGAUGUGAUCUGGUGGAAUUCGUUGGAGGAUGAGACAUGAGGUGGAGGAUCCCUCCUGAACACACCAGCCAUGUUCUUCACCCAUAUAAAAGGAUCGCUCUGAUGAGAGCUUCGGCUCCUCUCAGCCUGUAUGAUCUCACUACAGUAUCUAAGCGUUCAGAGAAGGCUUGUACGUAUUUGAACUUUUUACGGUCCUGAUAAUACUUGCUCUGGAUGGCCAGACCGCACGAUCAAUCGGCAGUGGUGGACUUGGGAAGUUCGACUCACUCCUUUUUUCAACUAUCCAACACGACCACCACCAACCCGAAAAACCACUUCCGCGAGUUGACUGACUGGCAGGUCUCGAGAGCCGGAAGUGCGCGGUGCACGCGAUUGUUUGCGAUGAUGGAGAAGCAGCGUCGGGUUCGUAGCCACAUUCUGGAGAUUUCGAAAACACUGCAGACAGCAUCUGCUCAGGCGAUGAUGUCGUCCUUACUCUGUCCGUUUGCCCACUUUUUAAAACUGGCCACCAUCAAAUGCAAGGGGCUUUUUCUCCAAAUCAGGGACACAGUUCGACAAAACCUUCGUCCUCGUAGCCCUUAUGAAUAAACAGACUAAAUUAGUGAUCUCACUAGCCGGCAAUACUGCAUUCUGUAGGACACCAUAGGUUGAUGCCAGCAAAACACUAUCGUCAGCGUACUCGAGGUUGGCCGGGCGGUUUUUAUGCGUGUACGUGAUACGAAAUGCACAUUGGGCAAAUUUAACCCUUUGAGGAUCCAGUCAACGACAUGUUUAGACAGGAUGGACUACUAGACGCAACUUUGUCGAACUUCAGACCGAAACUGAGCGAUUAAGAGGUAUAGCCGCGGAUAAAAACUACUGCGGUGGCGAAACGAUAGUAGGCCUUCGAUACACUGCUCAGCCGUAGUAUUCCCCGCAUGGACCCCUAGAGGGUAAUGACAGCUGCAGUGAACUCAACAAAACUGGUAACCGUCAGCUGUUGGAAGCCAUUGCGGAAUUCGAAAAGGCACGGCAAUGUGGAUGUGUGAUUGAUGCAUGCGCAUGACGCUGGGAAUAAAUUUUGUUUUGCUUUUGUCCGUCAGUCCCGCACAAUUAUUGACUUUCACGAAAGUGGCCAAGGCAAAGAAUCACGUUGUGGGACUUUCCACUCCCCUCUUACCGCCUUGACAAUAGGUACACAGAUAGCUGGGUCCAGUCAUCAGGGAUGAUCUCACCUCCUCAAACUCGUUCGGCUGCCUAAAAAUGUCCCAGAAACGAAAAAAUAAAGACAGAAAGUUAGACCGAACGCAACGGGGCCUCAUGAUACCAUCGUAGCAGAGCCGGUGCACGGCGGUCGACUGCAGGAGCAGCCACGUCUAUUCCGGAAAUAUUUACACUUCACCGGUUUUCAGAAAACAACUGGGAUCCAACGCCCAGGCUACCGGAACCGCGGCGUCAUCAGCCUGCGUAGGACUUACGGUCUACAGGUCACCAUUAAUCCUGACUGCAAGUGUUGAGGAACGCAGACGAAGGUAGAGUCCAACGCGCUAGAACGACGGAUGCCUCAAACAGAAUAUCCUCUCCAGCAUUCACUUGGUCCCCGUUCUAUGACGGCAUGCUCGGGUUGAAUGUAGUCACUUCGUCACCAUGUCACCAUUCAUCUUCAUGGACCAGUCUAGACAGAGUUACCAAUGAGCGUAGGGCUGGUGUCCGGCACGACGACAGCCUCAUAAAUUGUGCGAAGCCCAAUGAUGCCACUGCAAUAUGGCAACCGUGAACUGCCAUUAAAUAAGUUUACUUGCCACCGCUGCCUUGUGGUUAGGCUCUUGAGCCAAAGUGCUGGAGGAGGAGAAGACCUCGAACAAAUAAUCCAAACAGCUGUUUGGGACUCGCCUGUACUUAUAGCUCCCAAGAAACCUCGUGAAGAUAUGUUCGAAUUAAGUAUUUCGAUCCAUGCUACGGCGCCCAUGGGAACCGACGCACUACGCAAUCCUGGUCCAGCUGUGCGAGAGAAUAAUAGGCGAGCUGGACUACUCAAUCGGGAACGGACUCUUGGUAUUGGAUACCGGAAUGUACAAACGUUUCUGGAUCCUGACACCCAAAGCCUGAAGACGUACAGUCUUAAUCAGUACAAUGUAGAUGUUGGCUGCCCACCUACCUGAAGUCCCGAGUUGUCGACUCUGGCGCUCGGGAAACAAAGAUCCCGAGUGUCAACUCACACUGUACCACUCCUUUACCAAAGCGGUCCAUGCGACUUUUCUGGUAGACAUGCUGUGUCGAUCGCCCUCUCGCAAUAACCGGACCGCCCACUACUUGCUUGGGAACCAGUUAAUGGCCGGAUGGCUUACGUGCGAUUUAAGGGUCACUUCACGAACAUCACUGUUGUCCCCGUGCAUGCACCAACAUCAGCUGCCGAACAUUGAAAUAAGGACAUUUUUACUCGCUGUUGCAAGGGUUAGUUGGAAGACCCCCGCCUUGAUCUUCAAGUUUUUGUUGAGAACUGGGAUGGCCGAAAUGGACCUGGCGACUCUUUCAAGGAUCACCUUAUCGACCGAUUUGGGUUCGGUUCGAAAUGCGACAAUAAUGAGAGAUUGCUGAACUUUGCUGAUCAGAAUCGACUAUUUGUCACCAACACGUGCUCCCAGCAUCACCAUAAACAUCUUCUGGCCUGGUAUCCAAACCACAGUCAUACGGCCAGUCUGAUUGACUACAUUCUAGUCAGUUCAAGGUUCCGCAGCUGGAUCCACAAUAGCUGAUCGAUGCGUGGUGCCGAAACUGGUAACGCCCAUGGAUUGACCAUAUUCUUGUUGACACACACGCUCAAAAGUUCACCUCUCAUCUACACCCAAAGUGUCGCGGUAAUGACGCCUUGAUGUCGCCGAACUACGACAGCCCAGCACCAUCGGGGUCCUGAGCAGAGAAAUCUGGUCCUGUUCUACUACCCGAGCUGACGGAGGUCAUCAUUAACGGCAUGGGUCUGUGGGGCAGGAGGGGAUAUAUUUGGAUACACCCAGCGGCGCAACAGGGACUGGAUCGGCGAAGGCACCUUGCAGUUGUCUGCCCAAACUGCUCUAGCCAGGUACCGUAAUGAUGACUCACUCCGCCAACUCCGGAAAAUGACGGCAAAGUCGGCUAGGGGUGACCGGAAGAGAGUGAGCUAAAACAGCGAUCUCAGUGGAGUAGGCAUCAAACGCUGGAGAACUGCUCCAAAUUACCCGCCAAGUUAGUCAUAAGUACCACUGGGCCACUCUGUUCGCGAUGCGAACGGUGGUUUUAUUGCCGACAACUCAACCAAGAUGGAACAUUGGAGUGAGCACUUCGAGUACCUUCUCGACUUUGAUGAGCAACCCACCGCACCCUCGCUCUCAUCUGCAGCGGAGUUUUAUCCCUCUCCAGCAUAUGUAGUGUCGUGCGACCCCCUUCUGAGGACGAAGUCACUGGUGGAAUACAAAGGGCGCGCAACAAGGCACCCGACGGGGACGGUAUUCCUGCUGAAAUCCGCAGGUCUUGUGUCGACACUGGCGUCCUGGUUCCAUGAGAUGAUUGAACAAGCGUGGAGAUAAGGUCGUUCCUGAUAACUGGGCUUCGAGCAUCCUUAUGCCUGCCUCCAGGACAAGACGCGAGAACCAGCGCCCCACAAACCUCAUCAACGUCGCUGCAAAGGUCUUCCCCUUAUCCAUUUCAGGCGAUUCUAGGCUGUACGUGACUCUAGAACGAGACCUAACCGGACCGGAUUCCGAGCUGGACGUGUAUUUGCCAGCCAGAAUCACUACCAUGAUCAAUGUUUUCUACCACUUAACCACCGCGCGGGUCCUAGUCCAUAGCAGUUUCUCCCAGUCGUUCGAUAUUCGAUCUGGUGUUCGGCAAGGUUAUAUCCUGUUCGAAUACGCCGUUGACUGGACUCUGAGGAACGUCCUGUACGAAGUUGACGGUGUUCAGUUUUCCCCCGGCCGCCGGCUGCCUGAUCUAGACUACGCUGAGGACAUCGCUUUACUAACUUCAAGUUUUGGCAAUCUACAGUCAUGGGUGAAUGAGGUCGCCGGAUCCGCCGGUUUAUCCACAAACGCUGGGGAAGCCAAGGUGUUUUCCAGCUACAUCCCCGACCAGAGGCACCUCUCGAGAUUAAUGGCUGUCAAAUUGAUGAUGUAG